GCCUUCUUUAUGUACCCCGAUAGAAGCCCGGGCACGUCAGGCUGCGAGCUAAUACCGACCGAGGCAGCACAUGUCGGCUAGCGGGGGAAGGGACCUCGCAGGCCGUCACGACUGUACCCUUCCGAAGUACCUGAGCUGUGAUUCGGUACCGAUGGCGACGCUGAGCCGAGCCCACCCCGGCGACGGUGUUUGUUCCUUGCGUGUGGUCGCUCGGUGAUGCUUGUUUAGCGGCCAAACGACGCUGGUUCCUCCGCGGCGCAGGUGUAGUAGCGGCAACAGAACAGGAACCACGGGAGCCAUGGGAACUACUUUCUAUUCACCGCCUCUGCGUUCUCUGUCUUCGGGGAGCGAGCUGCUAGGUUCCCCCCGGAUGGUUUCUAAUUGGGCCCAAUGAAGUGGAGGCGAACCCACCUGGAGCUAAUGAUCCCGCCUGAGGAGGACCAGGUUCCCCUGUGACUUGGAUUGAUUUUCCCUCGGAUUACGACGAUGAUGAAUGUUGUGCGACGGCAGUUUGACGUUUACGUGUUUGGAUGUUCUGGUUCUGUUUUUCUUAGCCAACCCGCUCCCAAUUCGGGGUUUCCCAGUCCAUCAUGUCCAGAUCCAACAGCGUGAGCCCCCCCGGCGCCGGUGGGCCCAACCUGAGGGGCGGGACCGAGCACAGGUCCGCUUGGGAGGAGUCCGAGUCGGUGACGAACGGCUGUCCGUACUCGGCCAGGCGGCUGACCCGCACCAAUAGCCGCUGGAGGGAUGACGACGACCUGGUCCGCCGCCGGCCGCCCCCGCCCGGCCGCGUCCCUACCACCGUCAGCAGGGUCAGCUUCCGCUCCCGCUCGGCGUGGCAGGAGCACGGCGAAGAGCUGAGAGCCAAGUCGGUGGAGCUGGGCCUGGAGGAGCGGCGGGGGGCUCAGCAGGAGCGGGAGGUGGCCGAGCUCGGUCUCUCCGCGGCGGCCUGCUGGAGCGGCGUCAUGCACGUCUUCAGCUCCAAGAAGUUCCAGUCGGAGAACCUGGAGCGGCUCUACCAGCGCUACUUCUUCCGCCUCAACCAGAGCAGCCUGACCAUGCUCAUGGCGGUGCUGGUCCUGGUCUUCACAGUCAUGCUGGUCUUCCAUUGCUCGGCCAGGACGCCGAGCCCCAGCGUGCCCUACGUGGUGGUCUUCUCCGGGGCCAUCUUCCUGACCCUGGCGCUCAUGGUGGCGUGCAACCGCAGCGGCUUCCAGCAGGACCACAUGUGGGUGGUCUGCUACGUGCUCAUCCUGCUGGUCCUGGUGGUGCAGGUGGUCGGCGUCCUGAUCGUGCAGCCCCGCAGCGCCUCCGAGGGGAUCUGGUGGACCGUCUUCUUCAUCUACGUAGUCUACACCUUGUUGCCCGUCCGGAUGAGAGCCGCCGUCAUCACCGGUCUCCUGCUGUCCGCCGUGCACGUCAGCCUGUCCUGGAUGCAGAACACCCUGGACCCCUUCCUCUGGAAGCAGCUGGUGUCCAACAUGCUGAUCUUCUCGUGCACCAACAUCGUGGGCGUGUGCACGCACUACCCUGCCGAGGGCUCCCAGAGGCAGGCCUUCCAGGAGACCCGGGAAUGCAUCCAAGCCCGCCUGCACUCUCAGAGGGAGAACCAGCAGCAGGAGCGCCUGCUGCUCUCUGUGCUUCCUCGACACGUCGCCAUGGAGAUGAAGGCUGACAUCAACGCCAAGCAGGAGGACAUGAUGUUUCACAAGAUCUACAUCCAGAAGCACGACAACGUCAGCAUCCUGUUCGCCGACAUUGAGGGUUUCACCAGCCUGGCGUCUCAGUGCACGGCCCAGGAGCUGGUGAUGACGCUCAACGAGCUCUUUGCACGUUUUGACAAACUGGCGGCGGAGAACCACUGCCUGCGCAUCAAGAUCCUCGGCGACUGCUACUACUGCGUGUCAGGCCUGCCAGAGGCCCGCGCUGACCACGCCCACUGCUGCGUAGAGAUGGGCUUGGACAUGAUUGAAGCCAUCUCGCUGGUUCGCGAGGUGACGGGCGUGAACGUGAACAUGCGUGUGGGCAUCCACAGCGGCCGGGUGCACUGUGGCGUGCUGGGACUCAGGAAGUGGCAGUUUGACGUCUGGUCCAACGACGUUACGCUGGCCAAUCAGAUGGAGGCAGGCGGGAAAGCGGGGCGUAUCCACAUCACCAAGGCGACGCUCAACUACCUGAACGGCGACUACGACGUGGAGCCGGGGACGGGCGGAGAGAGGAACGCCUACCUGAAGAGGAACAACAUCGAGACCUUCCUCAUCGUGGGCUGCAGCCAGAAACGGAAAGAAGAGAAGGCCAUGAUUGCCAAGAUGAACCGCCAGAGGACAAACUCUGUGAGCCACAACAGCAGCCACUGGACGGACAGACCCUUCUACAACCACCUGGCCAACAACCAGGUCUCCAAGGAGAUGAAGAGGAUGGGCUUUGAGGACCCAAAGGACAAGCAUUUCAUCUUCAGACACGCGCAGGAGAACCUCAACCCCGAGGACGAGGUGGACGAGUUCCUGGGCCGCGCCAUCGACGCUCGCAGCAUCGACCGCCUGCGCUCUGAGCAUGUCAAGAAGUUCCUGCUCACCUUUAGGGAACCCGACCUGGAGAAGAAGUAUUCCAAACAGGUGGACUCCAGGUUCGGUGCCUACGUGGCGUGUGCCUCCCUCGUCUUCCUCUUCAUCUGCUCCAUCCAGAUCGUCAUCAUGCCUUUGACCAGCCUGAUGAUGGGCUUCUUCAUCACGUGCCUCCUCAUCCUCACGGCGCUGAUGUUGGUGUCCACUGUGUACUGCUGCUUCGGGAUCUUCCCGGCCCCCCUGCAGACCCUCUCCAGGAGAAUCGUUCAGUCCAGACUGAACAGCACUCUGCUGGGCGUGGCGACCAUCCUGGUGGUCUUUCUCUCCGCCUUCGUCAACAUCUUGACCUGCAGCGGUCGUGACCUACGCGGGUGCAUAGGGGCGGAGCUUAAUAUCAGCCUGGACGCCGUCAACGCCUGCCACGCCCGCUUCCUCAACUACAGCCUGGACGCUCCGCGCAGCCCCUGUGGAGACGACGACGCCCCCUUUUGCAGCUUUCCUGAGGCUGGAGACGCCCCGUCCACGUGUUGCGUUCAGGCGUCCGCUGACCUGGUUUGUGCCGCUCUCCUUCCCCCCCGCCAGUACGUGUCGUGGUGCGUCCUGCUGAGCCUGCUGGCGAGCUCCGUCUUCCUGCAGGUGAGCAGCAUGGGCAAACUCUUCCUCAUGCUCUUCAUCCAGAUGCUCUACCUGCUGGUGGUGGAGGUCCCCAGGGUCGCCCUCCUCGACAACCACGACCUGCUCGUCAUGGCCAACGCCGUGCGCACUCUUGAGACCCUGAAUGGAACAAGCUGCGUGGUGGACUCCAAGGUCCCCCUGAAGAUCAUGACCCCCGUGGUCAUCACCGUCUUCGUGCUGGCGCUCUACCUUCACGGCCAGCAGGUGGAGUCCACCGCCAGACUGGACUUCCUGUGGAAACUGCAGGCGACGGAGGAGAAGGAGGAAAUGGAGGAGCUUCAGGCGUACAACCGCCGCCUGCUCCACAACAUCCUGCCCAAAGACGUGGCGGCCCACUUCCUGCAGCGCGAGCGCCGCAACGACGAGCUCUACUACCAGUCGUGCGAGUGCGUGGCCGUCAUGUUCGCCUCCAUCAGCAACUUCUCCGAGUUCUACGUGGAGCUGGAGGCCAACAACGAAGGCGUGGAGUGCCUGCGGCUCCUCAAUGAGAUCAUCGCCGACUUUGACGAGAUCAUCAGCGAGGAGCAGUUCCGCCAGCUGGAGAAGAUCAAAACCAUCGGCUCCACCUACAUGGCGGCAUCGGGCCUCAACGACGCCACGUACGACAAAGCGGGGCGCUCGCACAUCCGCGCCCUGGCCGACUACGCCAUGAGACUGAUGGACCAGAUGAAGUACAUCAACGAGCACUCCUUCAACAACUUCAAGAUGAAGAUAGGUCUCAACAUGGGUCCUGUUGUUGCCGGGGUGAUCGGCGCCAGGAAGCCCCAGUACGACAUUUGGGGAAACACGGUGAACGUGGCCAGUCGCAUGGACAGCACGGGAGUGCCGGAGAAGAUCCAGGUGACAGCGGACUUGUACCAGGUCCUGAGCUCCUACAACUACUCUCUGGAGUACAGAGGCCUGGUCACGGUCAAAGGCAAAGGAGACAUGACCACUUACUUCCUCAUCAGCGGACCCUCCGGCAGCUAACGCACUCGGUGGACUGCUACGCCGGUUCUGGUUCCGGUUCCGGUUCUGGUCCAUCCAUCAAGCAGGCUGGAGGGACUCAGCUUGGACUGACAGGAAUCUGGAUCCUGUCCAGCUGAGACCAAAGAUGUCAGAGGAGCGUUUUUACAACGCGUCUUGAAGGAUGGAUCCCUCCCUAAAUAUGGGAGGCGCCACAGCGUUUACAAAGAACUGAACACAUUUCAGCAUCAAAAACACGAAAGGAUGUCAACAAAGUUUCUAAUUUUCUACUUUGGAAAGAGCAAACGCUAUCAGAUCUUUGAGAAAGUCUAUAUUUUGUACAAAAACUCAUAGUGAAUUGUUAGCAACACCACGUUGUGAAUGCCAAUGCAAGACAAUGUCCACCCCCGCCCCGCUCCCUCGAUGGUACGACCCAGUGAAUGUCCAAUCAUGUUCAAUGAGGCCUUGAACCCCAUCAGCUUUUUAGCUUGUUUUUUAAAACGCACUAAUCAUCUUCAACUUUUUUACAUAAAUACUGAUGCAUUACUAUGACAGUUUUUGGGCCGCAUUGGAAAAAUAAAAAAAAAUCUGACAUUUUGAGAAUAAAUUUGACAAGAUUAAAGUGAUAAUGUUACAUGUCAGAGGGCAAAUAGAGCUGAGCUCUUCAGGAGGGGAAACCUUCCUCUUGCUCCAGACAAGCUUUUAUUUCCAACGUGGCAGCACAAACAGCUUAGCAUGGACCCUUCCACAUGCCAAAGGCCCCUUUGCAUAGCUGCCUCAGGGAAUGCCUGCAACAUAAACAUUCAAUCUACGUCCUAACGACUUUGAAGUAACGAUUUUAUUCUUAUAGAAUUAAGACUUUUAUUGUAAAUGAAUGACUUUAUACUUGUAAAUUUACCAUUUUUGGUCAUAAAUUUACAACUUUUUUCUCAAAAAUGAUGAAGUGUGAGGGUCUUAUGUGACCUUUGACCUUGGGCAAAGGCCAUAUUACUACAUUUUACAUUUACCAUGUUAUUCUCUAAAUUUCAGAUGUUUUUUUUCUUCAAUAUGGCCCCAAUACUUUUAGCAACAGCCAAUAAUUUUUCUACGUUACAACUUGGUCAGCAUGACAAUGUUUAAAAAAAAAAAAAAACAGUUUCAAUUGAAAGUGAUUUUUAGCCAAACAGGAUGUUGUUAUUUUGGAGUGGUUUCACAUCAUUCCUGUCACGUUUGACCGCAAUCAGGGAUGCUGAAAAGUGGACUUCACACACAAGGAGAGGAAUAAAAGAUGUUUUAUUGUUCUUUACAUGGUUGAUAAAACAACUGAACAAACAAGCGUUAGAAAGACGUGAGGACAAGUGACAGAAGAUAGAUGGAUGGAUGAAAGACGUGUGGUUUUUGUUUACAUUCGGGAUGCGCCAAUCACUCACGGAUAGCUGAACGAUGAAAGUACGAUUCCAAUAACAGGGCUUUGGUUGCUUUAAUAUUUUGAUUGUAGUGUCUGCAGACGUUAGAAUGACUAAUCUUUCCUGUUGUUGUUAUGAGGCUGCGAUAACCCCCCCCAAAAGUCCCCAAACGAGCCAGGAGGUGGCGCUGUGGCCAUUCAAACAUGACAUUGCAAUCCUUUCAAAGUAAUUAUUUAGGCUUGAUGACAUGUUGGCACAGCUGAGUGAGAUUGAUGUGUUCUCUCGUCUGAUUGGCUGCUCAGUGAUCAUAUGACAAAACCAUGAGCCAAAGUAAUAAAUAAUAUCGGCGUGAGAACAAAAAAAAA